CAGAAAGAUAAAGGAUGCAAGAAAUACGUUUUUUUGAUAAGAUAAAGACUUAACAAAUACUUUUUUGUAAACGUUCCUACAACAAAGGGAAACAAUUUUACAUCUGUUGAAAUGGAAGUGCUGUUGUUGAUCUUCAUACUUUCUGUUGCAGGGGUUUCUCAAGGAUCUCAAAGCAGUUACACGUCUGAGUAUCUGAAUAAUUCCUCAGAGGCCACUACGGCCACGACAGACACAGCAAACAAAACUGAAGCCCCGGUCACCUUGUUUCGAUUAUUUGGUGGUGACAGCCCUUGUUCUGGGAGCCUGCAGGUAUUUUAUAAUGGAACAUGGGUUCCAGCAGAAGUCACCCCAGUUUGGAAUAUCAGUGAAGCAACCCUAGUCUGUGAAAAACUGGACUGUGGAAAAGCUUUUGAUGUUCAACCACUUCAAUAUCCCAAUUCCCAAAUGCAACACUCCCACAAGAAUUCAGGACUGCUUGAGUGUAACUUUGGGGGUCCAGAUUUUUUUAAUUGCACAGAAGCUCAGAAAGGUUAUUACAUUAACAGGACGAAUGUCAUCUGUAGAGGUCACAGAGCUGUGCGAUUGGCUGGAGGUAGAGACGCUUGUGCUGGAAGAGUGGAGGUCUGGGAGGAGGGUUUUUGGGGCACUGUGUGUGACGAUUGGUGGGACAUGAAGGAUGGCGAUGUGACCUGUGCACAGGUGGGCUGCGGAUUUGCUGUGGAAGUGCUGUCGGGAGGAGCACUCCAGUUUGGAAAUGGGCACGACCCUAUUCUGAUGGAUGAUGUUAACUGUACAGGAACAGAGAGAUUUCUGUGGGAGUGUCCAUUUCUGAAACACAGCGGGGACUGUGGGCACAAAGAAGACGCUGGGGUCAUAUGUUCAGAGCACAAGGCAGAACGCUUGAGCGGUGGCUUGGACAGGUGUUCUGGCAGAGUGGAAAUCCACCGCAGUGGGUCAUGGGGAACAGUGUGUGACAAUGUGUGGGGAACAGAUGAGGGGGGGAUGGUGUGCUCCAUGCUGGGCUGUGGGGACCAAGUGAAGGUCAAAGGUUUUAACAACACCUUCAAACACGACACAACUCUAAAAUGGUUCUAUCAGUGUGCUACAAAAGAUCGUAGUCUUUGGGACUGCAAAGAAUACGCCAAUAACGAAAACCUCUGCCAGAAGUCCUCUGCAGCUGCAGUUGUGUGCAGCAAAUCUCUUGGACUUCCUCGCAUCACUACAGAAGAAACCUGGACCACCGGGACCCCAACAUCUGCCUUUAUUUUAAUAGAAAAGACAGGUUUUCUUGUCACGCCAUCAGUUCUGGGUUGUUUCGUGCUGUCAUUUCUUCUGCUGCUGGUGAUGAUACUUUAUGUUGUGCAAUUCUGUAGAUCCAAGAAAAGAGACAUGAUGCCAGUUCAGCAGACCGAUUCUAACAUGCAGACGGUUGUCUUGGUAGCAGAGGAGAAUGUGUACCGAGAUGAUGUCAGUCUCGUUAAAGUUACAACAACAAACAUACCAAACAACAACAAUGUAAAUCCUCAAUUGGAAGCCACUCAGCUUGUUAAUGAUGAUUCCUCAUUUGAAGCUGAUUAUGAGGAUUAUGAUUUCAGUGUAGAACCUGCUGCCUCCAUAUCCACCUUUCAAAAUUCCCAUCGAAAUAGAACAGAUAGCAGAAGCCCUAGGACAAGUACUAUCCCAAUGACAACCCUAGCAGAAGAAGAAUUCCGGUAUACUCCCAACACACCCAUAUACCCUGAACCUCUAAUUUUGAAUGAAGACUCCUCCAGCACAUCUUCAGGAGAAAGCUACCUGAAUAACGUGGCUGUGAACUACAACACACAGUCUAUUGAGGAUUUCAGCAGAUCCUCAGAUUGCAGUCCUAAAUCAUAUGUGGUUGAAAAUGGUGUGUCUUGCCAGGGUGAUAAAGAUGUGGACAGUGCCAAACCAGAAAUGCCCACUGGACCACCCCCCUCCCAGUCUGAAGCCACCAUGCCCCAGCCACACCACUGGAACCAAUUACACAACAGUUCCAUUGCAUUUAAUCCACUCAUUGACAACACAAUAGACUCUUCCAGCACAUCAUCAGGAGAAUACGAUGAAAACAUCAGCAGACUUAACCCCAAGCCGCAAACUACAGGUGUCUCUGAGAAUCAUCAAGGCAAUGUUUGUCAAGAUUCCUCAUCAGACAGUGAUUAUGAUGACAUUGCAAACUACUGCAAUUGAUGCAGAGCUGUAUUUCACUGUGGGCAUUCCUUCCAUUUGCCACAAGCCAUUUAGUUAUGGCAGCAGCACCAAGUGUUCAACUGAAUUAUAAAUGCAGAUGGAUGUCUCUGCAACCGAGAGGCCAGCCUACUGCUUUUGUUUAAUCAGGGAGUGCUCAGGUUUGGAUGGCAUCACACAGCCAAUAAACUGUGCAGCCCGUGUCAUACUGUUUCAAAACUAUGCACUGCAGUUUGUAUUGCUUAAAUGACCAUCCUUUAGUACCUGAAAAGCAUUCAUUUGGCAGCUGUCAAAGAGAACAUCCUUGGUUUUUACACCGUAGUUGCCAGUCAAGAUGAUUCCAUAAGCACUUUUCUAAAUUAUUUCCCUGAUAAACAAGAAAUAGCCUUCAGUUAUGAAACAGUUGGAAGAUAUCUGCUAAGAGAAGUGUCCCCCAGUGUAGUCAGAACUUCACUUUGCACAGGUACCAGAUGAAAAUGUAUGUUUGAUAACUCAACAAAACAACUUUAAUAACACUAUGUAACACAAUUUUUGUUCCUGGGUAGUAAGUGUUAUUUCCUGAUUGCUUAUGCCUCAAAAGUAUAGAAAAUGGCUAUUAUUCCCCA